AUGAAACAUCACAAGUCCAUAAAGGUAGAACACCAGCUUAAACCAGAAACCCUACAAAAAGAGUCGAAAGAACGGCCGCCAGCGAUACGCUUAGAGCCUGCAAUAACUCUUCCACAAAACACGAGUGUGUCGCUGUUGCAGAACAAAAAUCGGACAGUGCUACUCGGAGUGUUUUCUCAUGCUUGUGAGCUCGAAGCCCGUCGCCGCACUCGUAUUCGUAACACGUGGGCUGCAAAGCUUCCGGACCAGGUCCGUAUGAUUUUUGUACUAUGCGAAGAUCACGGUAACAUAGACAACAGUACGACCACUAAUCUCGCCAACGAGAAGAACAUAUUUAAUGAUAUUCUAUUCAUGCCAUGUAUGGAGAACAUGGACCAUGGCAAGACCUUCACUUUCAUGAGCACUGCGCACGUUAUGCUUUCUCGAGAGGCUGAAGACUCGAACUCAUUUGUGGAUUACAUCAUGAAAAUCGACGGGGAUUCAAUUUUGGGUGUGAACGCGCUACUAAAAUUUCUGCGAUUGGAUAAAGUGCCUUCGGAUAAGCCAGCCAUAUUUGGAUGUCAGUAUCUCUGGAGCCUAGACGAUUGGAGGAAAUUCAAAGCACCUGCCAAUAUGGACUACGGUCACUACAUGAAUGGUGGAGGUUACGGUUUCUCUCGUGUAGCUCUUGAUUUCAUCGCAACUAGUUCUUACGUACGCAACCACACAAUUGGAUACGAAGACAAGAUGUCCGGACUAUGGAUGAUGAAACUAGGGAGAAAAGCGAAAUGGUACAACAUGUGCGCACAUCCCACUGCGUUUAUCGACAGCACCUGGAUUAAGGACUCCGGCCGCUUCGGAGAACCGCUGACAACAGAAGUCGCCAUUGUACAUCACGUAAAAGAGGAACUUAUAUGGAAUUCUGUGCACAAGGAAGUGAAAAGGUUUGAAGCUCUAAAUAAGGGAGGAGACUAUACGGGAGAAAUGCAAUACGACUGCUCAUACUUGUCAGGGGCUAUCGAUUUGAAGUUCAAUUCUAAACGGCGGUGGUGUGAAAUGCCGUUGAAGACUUGAAAGUAUCAUCAAAUACUGCCGUUCACUCGGAUACUACCGAGUAACAGGGGUCGGAUAUAUUGCAUGCAAAUAUAUAUCGAAGACACACACACAUAACACGUUAUAUCUCGUGAAAUUACUUGUCAUACCUAAAUGUUGCAAUUUAUAAAAAUAUCGCUAUGCGCAACAGGACGAAAGAAUUAUACGCUUAGUUCGUAAGUAUUAAAUAAG